AUGGUUCGUUUAGGUCCAAAGAAACCACCAGCCAGAAAGGGUUCGAUGGCUGACAUCCCAAAGGAUUUGAUGGAACAGAUCCAUGGUUUGGAAGUGAUCUUUAGUGUCAGUCCUGAGAAAUUGAGAGCUGUUGUUAAGCAUUUCAUCGGCGAGUUGAACAAGGGUUUGAGCAAGAAGGGUGGUAACAUUCCUAUGAUUCCAGGUUGGGUGAUGGAAUAUCCAACCGGUACCGAGAAGGGUGACUACUUGGCUAUCGAUUUGGGUGGCACCAAUUUGAGAGUUGUCUUGAUCAAGUUGGGCGGUGACCGUACUUUCGACUCUACCCAGUCCAAGUACAAGUUGCCGGACUCUAUGAGAACAACCAGAAACCACGAAGAGUUGUGGGCUUUCAUUGCUGACUGUUUGGAGGCCUUCAUCGUCGAGCAGUUCCCAGACGGUGUUAAGGGUAAGUUGCCAUUGGGUUUCACUUUCUCCUACCCAUGUUCUCAAAGCAAGAUCAACGAGGGCUACUUGCAGAGAUGGACCAAGGGUUUCGACAUUCCAAACGUGGAAGGCCGCGACGUUGUUCCAAUGUUGCAAAAACAUUUGGAAGAAAAGAAACUUCCAAUCGACGUUGUUGCUUUGAUCAACGAUACCACCGGUACUUUGGUUGCAUCUUUGUACACUGAUUCUGAGACCAAGAUGGGUGUCAUCUUUGGUACUGGUGUCAACGGUGCUUACUACGAUGUUUGCAGCGGUAUUGAGAAGCUAGAAGGUAAGUUGCCAGCUGAUAUCACUCCAGACUCACCAAUGGCGAUCAACUGUGAGUACGGUUCUUUCGACAAUGAGCACAUGGUCUUGCCAAGAACCAAGUACGACGUUAUGGUUGACGAACAAUCCCCAAGACCAGGUCAACAAGCUUUCGAAAAGAUGUCCUCUGGUUACUACUUAGGUGAGUUACUGCGUCUGGCGUUGAUCGAUUUACACGAACAAGGUUUCAUCUUUAAGGAUCAAGACUUGACCAAGCUGAAGAUUCCUUACAUCAUGGACACUUCUUACCCAUCCAAGAUUGAGGAUGAUCCAUUUGAGAACUUGGAAGAUACCGAUGAAUUGUUUAGCAAGGACUUGGGUAUCCAAACCACCUCUCCAGAACGUAAAUUGAUCAGACGUCUGUGUGAGCUAAUCGGCACUAGAUCUGCUAGAUUGUCUGUUUGUGGUAUUGCAGCUAUCUGUCAAAAGAGAGGUUACGAAACCGCACACAUCGCCGCUGAUGGUUCCGUCUUCAACAAGUACCCUGGAUUCAAGGAGAGAGCUGCAGAAGCUUUGAAGGACAUCUACGGCUGGAAGGACCUAAAGCCACAACAAUAUCCAAUCCAGAUUGUUCCAUCUGAAGAUGGUUCUGGUGCUGGUGCCGCUAUUAUUGCCGCCCUAACAGAGAAGAGACUUGCUGCUGGUAAGUCUGUUGGUGUCCUUGAAUCUAAAUAA